AAACAAAUGGUCGACUGGGAAAAGAAAUGGCAAGAUAAGGAAACGUUUUGGGACGCCGGCGAAUCCAGUCCAGCUUUGGUCAAACUGUUAAAGGAGCAUUCAGACUUGAUUCCUGCCAAAGGUCGAGGUUUGGUGCCCGGUUGUGGAAGUGGUUAUGAUGUCGUACUCUUUGCCACCGAGGACCGACACAUGACCGGUCUUGAUAUGAGCACCACUUGCAUUGAUUUGGUUAAAAAGAAACGUGGCACCGGUGAUGGAAAAUACGAUUUCAUCUGCGAUGAUUUUUACAAGUUCAAAGUACCAGAAGGUGGCUACGACUUGGUAUACGAUUAUACCUUCCUUUGUGCUAUGCCACCUACUAUGCGUCCCGAUUGGGCUGCACGUAUGGCUGAGAUCAUCAAGCCUGGCGGUGUGCUCGUUGCAUUAAUAUUUCCACUCAGUGACAAAGGCACUCCAGGAAAACCUCCUCACACCGUCUCC